CUAUUUUUGAAUUCAUUGUGUUUGACCUAGGGUUCGUAAAAAUGUUGAAUAUUACGGAGGAAAGUGUUACUGAACUGCUUAAUUUCAUGCUGGACGCUGACUUUAACGAACAAGUUUUAAGGAGCUACCCAAAGGAAAUAUAUAAUAUAAAUGAUAACUGUAACGCACUAUCACUUGAGGACUGUCCUGCUGAAAUUUUGGAAAAUCUGGGUGGUUAUAUGUGUGGACACUACCCACCGUUUAUUUCUGUCCCGCGUACUCGACAUUUGUCUUCAUCAGUAGCCGAUCUAGGUCAGCUUAUGCUUCAAUCCAAGUUUGCUCGUUGCAGAACAAGAUUUGUUGUCCCUUCGUUUUCCUUUAAAAACAAGAAUGUAUGUCGGUGUAGUACUUUAAGCGGCCCUUUAGAAUUCUACGGUCGCCAAGUUGCCACAGCUGCAGGCUUUACUUUUGAUGGACAUGUCAGUAACUCUUCAGUAGGAGAACCUGCAGAUACAAGUUUUGAGACAGAAAACGGACGUCAAAGUUUAGAAAAACUACGUGAUGAUGAUUGUGAAUUAAUCCGUCGUUUAAAUGUCACCUAUAUUUGUGAUUUCAUGUUGGAGUAUAGGAAAAUAAAAUGUUGGGUUCCAAUUAGUUCAUCUGAAAAGGUGGAUCAACAAGGUCGCUAUAAUGAUUUCAUAGUUAUACCUCUCCCUUAUCCUGGCAGUGAAUUUUUCCGUAUAUGGCGUGAUUCCGGUUACGCGAUGCAUCACCUAUAUUUUGACUGGAAUCGGUCAGGAGUUGAAGUGGCUGUCAAUCCAAACCUUAUACCAAAAACUCUUUUAUCUAGCUCAAUAGAAUGGAGUUCAUACAAGUCCUGGGAUAUAUAUACAAUAACUAUGAACUACAUGAAAUUACUUCUUGGCUUACUCUACGAAGGUUCUGGAGGUCUAUUGUUACAUUGUGUCUCUGGAUGGGAUCGUACACCGUUGUUUAUUUGUCUACUUCGUUGUUUACUCUGGGCUGAUGAUUUAAUGCAUUGUAGUUUAACACCUAUUCAAAUGUUAUAUCUUACUCUUGGAUAUGAUUGGUUCUUGUUCGGACAUAAAUUGAAAACACGUAUGGAAUUGGGUGAAGAAAUACUCCGAUUUACUUUUCAGUUUAUUGGUGAAAUGGCUAAAUGUACAGAAUUAUCACUUCGUAGAGUCUACGAUAUCCAUGUUACUGAUGGGUCUAAAAGUUCAGAUUCGGAUGAUUCUUCAUUUAUUGAUUUACGUUCAAGUGAUGAUUUACAACCUUUGAGACAAUCACGAUUAGAAGAUUUAUCAAGUUUAUUCUUUCAAUUUUGGAAUGAAGAAAUUAAAAGGCGUGAAAUUCAAUCUACUACAAUCAACACUAUUAAAUCGAAUGACUCGGUUACUCUAAAUAAAAAUACUCAGUCAAUAACAAAUUCUAAAGAAAAUUUAAAUUUUAUUGAUAAUGAUAAAUUAUCACAAGAUCAUGAAAGUAAUUCACAUAGAAAUAGUAAUAAACCAUCUGAAAAUCAAAAUUCUAUUGUUUCUCAAUCAUCUGCCAUUUAGUUCAGAUAUCAAAUGCUUUAAAUUCAGCUGUAUCAGUGGUCACCUCAAAUUUUGUCACACCAUUAUUAUCAUCAUCGUCGUCGUCGUCGUCAGCAGCAGCAGCAGCUCCAGAAUCAUCUUCAACUUCAACCAGAACAAUCAGUGAAAGUAAUAAAAUUAUCAAAGAACCUCCUACUACCACAUAAAUCAUCAUUCUUUCUUUAUUCGCACGAUUUCUCCAUUAUAACUUUUUUCUUAAUUAUGUAUUUUGUUGUUGUUUCAUUGUUCUUUACAGAUCAAAAUCAAACAAUCCGACACCGAUAAUAAUGAAUAGAGAAAAAAUAUAUAUAUUCAUUUAUCUUUUUGUUUUUCUUUGAUUUUUUUUUAUUGCCUAAAAUCAUCAAAUAAGAAUAACCACCACAUUAAGUAUUAUCCUACAUUGAAAUGAUUAUAUUUGUAUGUUAUUAUUAUACACUGUUUUUAUGAAUUGCUCUGAUUCAAACUAAGAAUAUGUUCAUUGCUUAUAUUAUUCAUUAUAUAAUUGUGUAAUUUAGUGUCUUUGUGUGUGUGUGUGUGUAUGUGUGUAUCCGUUACCUUCUAAACAGUAACGAUAAUAAUCAUGGUAUAUUUGACCAACACAUCUAGUUCAUUCAUUCAUUCCAUUAAGAUUUUCAAUGACGAUUUAAAUUACUACAUACAGAUUUUUUUUUUCUACUUAAUUAAAAAUUUCUUAGAUCAGCAUAUAAAAAUACAAUUUUCUUUUUGUUCAGUAUAAUAAAUUAAAAUGUAUUUGUGAUCUCUCUUUUUUUCUCAACUUUCUCACAUUUUACUAUUAUUAUUGUUGUUGGUGGU